CACAACACCCCCGCCAACAACGCGAACUUCGACUACUUUCGUUCUCGUUUGACACCAAUUGGUAUUAGAGCCCACCAUUGGACACCACCAUGUGCCCCAGUGUGGGUGCUUACAUAUGUAUGCCACUGGCUCAAUCAGUUACCAAUAGAAAGAUCGCCGGCUGCGAUACCUGCUACACUUAAAUAGCACCCGCUCUCGUUGCUCGGAACCCAGUUGACAAACGGCAUUAGAAGUACGAGUAUAUGGGAUAUGAAGUCGACUGUUUGGCUACCUUUGUUGACCCUAAUUUGGAGGAGUGCCAGUGCCAACCCGAUAUUGGGGCUUUUCGAUCCCGCCUGCCAAGUUGUUAGGGGAGAAUGUCCCAAUAAAAACAUAUCCUUCUGGCUGUACUCGAAUUCCACCCGGGAAAACCCCAUUCUGCUGGAUCCCCUUGACCUUAAUCCGUGGAACUUCCAACCGCCACGUCCCCUAAAGAUACUCAUCCAUGGCUACACAGGUGACCGUGACUUUGCUCCCAACUCCUACAUCCGUCCCGUGCUCCUCGAUCACGAAGAUGUCUACGUGAUCUCCAUCGACUAUGGACCACUUGUGCGAUAUCCCUGCUACAUCCAGGCAGUUCAGAAUCUUCCCCUAGUGAGUCGAUGCCUGGCGCAGUUAAUCAACAACCUGGUCGAUCGAGCUAUUGUGGCAAAUGACCAGAUCCAUCUGAUAGGCUUCAGUUUGGGUGGUCAGGUGGCGGGGCAGACGGCCAACUAUGUGAAGAGAAAGAUGAAGAGGAUCACUGGUCUAGAUCCUGCGAAGCCCCUCUUUAUAUUGGGACCAGAUUCAAGAAGAUUGGACAAAGGAGAUGCCGAUUUUGUGGACGUCAUCCACACGGAUGUUUUCGGUCGGGGAUAUCUGCGCGCUGCUGGUCAUGUGGAUUUCUACCCAAACUUUGGAGCCAAACAACCUGGCUGCAUGGAGGAGAACAUGCAAGAUCCAAGUAGCUGCAAUCACGAGAGGGCUCCUCGCUUUUACGCCGAGUCCAUCAAUACCACUGUGGGUUUCUGGGCACGGCAGUGUUCCGGUUGGUUGCUCCAACUCCUUACACUUUGUCCCACAACAGGAGCUCAAGCUCUACUGGGCUAUCACGUCUCGGAUGAGUUGAGGGGCUCGUACUUCCUCCAGACUGCAAGUAAAUCACCCUAUGCCCUCGGAAAAAUGCAGGAUGUGGACAAUAGACAGACCCUGGCCAAGUUCCAUUUGAAUUUCGAUCACAACGAAAUCGACGAUGACUACGAACCACAGUUGUUGGAGGCGUUCCUCGAGCUGGAGGCGGUGAAAGUGGUGGUCAAAAUGGAUGAAAGCGAAUUGGAUAAGCGGUUGAACUGGAUUUAUAGGGAGGAAGAUGAGCCUUUAUCCAGAAAUUUAAUUAAAUAGUUGAUAAUAUAUGACUGCAUUAAAAAUUAUACAUUUAAAUAAAUAAAUAGGAU